UUUUACUUAAUAAAUCAAGAAACCUCUUCGCUUUGCCCUAUCUGGCGAAAUGAGAAGAAGGUGCACAACUAUCAGCUGAUGCGCAUCAAAUACUGCGCUGAUUACAGCAAGUGGCCAAAUGCAUCAAAACUUAUGAGCACAUACGGAGAUAACCUCAAUUUAUACGAGACACUUUAUGCCUUCCAGAAGCCAUAA